AACUGUAUUUAUAAACAAAACUACUUGAUACAUAAAAUGAAUGUCUUGAGAUAUAUAGUAAUAUUUACUUAUACGUGACAAUUUUCAAAUGAUGACUGAAGGACCGUUUUGUUCUUUCAAACAAUUAGGAGAGAGAUACACCGAUAAGAUGGGAACUAAUAAUAAUACUCUGCACAUACAUCAUUUUGCACAGUUAAGCUCAGACAUUCAACUGUAGGAACAAGAAGAAAAACAUAUUUUUGAGUGGAGGGUCACUUUAAGGAUUUAAACAAGAUAAUGUAAGAGAAUUUAACUUGUGAAAAUACCAUAUCAUACACAAAUGAUUAUUCAAAGUAGAGUAUUUUAUAUAUACAUAUAUAUAAACAUGUCUGGGGGGAAUCUUUAACAGUACUUUAAAAGUGAACUUUUCUAGUUUUAUACCAAUAAUUAGAGAGAGUGGAACACGGUUUAUUCAGCAAAAUAAGUAAAACAAAAAAUAAAACUAAAAUAAAUAACGUUAGCUAUGUAUGGAGGGUAUAAUAGGAGGAAGGACUGUCUCUCGAGUGGAAGUAACCAAGAGAGACAGUUUAGAAGAGAUAAUUUAGUGGAAUUUGUAGUUGCAUUCAGCAGUCAAAAGGCGUGCAUAAAACUAACGCCACCUGCCAGGAGGUGGCACAAACGGCAUUGGUGCUUAAAACAUAAUGAAGCAAAAAGCGGAACUAUUGUCCGCUGCUCUUUGUUACUGUGGGGUCGCUUUAUCACAUGGACACGGCUGAUUUGCUGGCAAAACAAAACAAGCCACCCUCCUAUAUUUAGCUGUUUGUAUGUGGCUAACCAAACACUCCGACAGUAAAAAGUAGGCCAUAGAGCAGGAUGUUCAUACUGUGGUAAUAGCUGUGUUUUACGGGAUUAUCGCUAGCUAUCAUUUUCUCGCAAUAGCUUUAACGCCAGAGUAUUUUUAGCUAACGUUAGAUAACGUUAGCUAGUGUGAGAGGCUAGUCACGGAUCGUUGUACAUUCAGCUAACUGUCGUUAAACUCAUUAACGUUAGCAACAUUAUCUAACGUUAGUUAAUGUAGCUUUAGGUGUUGUCAGAUAAGUAGCAUACCAAAGCACUGUAACGGUAACGUUAUGUGCUCUUAAAAUUAUAGCUGGGGCGUUUCUGACCAACGUUAAAUUAUUAAGCCGAUGUACAUGCGCAUCUGCUUGAAUACUCUGUGUAUUGUUAGCUUUUAGCUGCUUCACACCGUCAGACAGAGCGACUUUGGUAACGAAGGAAACUAGAAUGUUGCAACACUGGUAUGUACUAGUGAACCUGCUUCACCAGUGAAGUCAUGAAUGGUUUGGAGUGUGCACUGUUGAAGAGAUUGAGUUGAACUACCAUCAGUGAGAUAUCCGGCUUGUAAACCUGCAAAAUGCCUGGACUGGUGGUUUUUGGCCGGCGGUGGGGCAUCGCCAGUGACGACUUUGUUUUCCCCGGCUCCUUCGAACUGUUCGUCCGUGUACUUUGGUGGAUCGGCACCAUGAUCCUGUACACUUACCAUAAGAGUAAUUUUGAUUGUAAUGGGAGAGGUGUUCUUCACAGCUAUCUGGUUGGACUGUUGGUUGUGCUGGCGCUCAUCAUCCUGUCACUAUGUGCUAUUGUCUAUGUCAGUGCUCAAGGUACCAUCACGAACCCCGGCCCGCGGCGCUCCAUCCCUGCGCUGGUGUACCUGCGUGCUCUCCUGUACAUCCCCGAGCUAGUGUGGGCCUGUCUGGGAGCUUUUUGGGUGUCUGAUGACAGCCAAGGCUGCGAUCCUGCCACAGUGGGUUCUGUCAUCGCAGCAGUGGUUGCCAGCUGGAUCAUCCUGCUCUUCACGGGUUUGGGUCUGGUAUUUGUCUUUGACCCGCUGGGUAACCCCCGUCCUCAGCCUUCUGCCAUGGAGCCGCUGGGAGUACGAGACCUGGAGAGCAGCGAGGGCACCCAGUUCUUCACUACGGCUCGCUCCGUGGCUGUCAAGGUGUGGGAGAGCAGGCUGCGGCUGCUGUGCUGUUGUCUGCCACAGGACGAAAGCCACAGAGCGGCGUUCUCCAGCAUCGCACAGCUCGUCAGCGGAUUCUUCUCGGACACAGAUCUGGUUCCCAGUGACAUAGCAGCUGGUUUGGCUCUGCUGCACCAGGAGCAGGAUAAGAUGGAGCAAAGCAGAGACCCAGAAGUCAUAGUUACUCACAGCCCAUCCUCUCCUAUUGGUGAAGAUUUGGAGUUAGAGUUGGAGAAGGCAGCUCACUGUAUGCAGUUUGCAGCUGCAGCUUAUGGCUGGCCAUUGUACAUUUACUCCAACCCCCUUACUGGGCCCUGCAAACUCAGCGGAGACUGCUGUAAGAGUCGCGCCGCUGAGUAUGAAAUAGUUGGGGGAGAUCACCUCGGCUGUCACUUUUCAUCCAUCCUGCACAGCACUGGUUCGCAGUACAGAGACUUCAUCUACGUCAGCUUCCACAACCAGAUCUAUGAGAUCCCGUUCUUCGUGGCUCUGGAUCAUAAGAGGGAGGCGGUGCUGGUGGCUGUCAGAGGAACACUGUCACUGAGGGACGUCCUGACAGACCUGUCUGCUGAAUGUGAGAACCUGCCCAUAGAGGGAGUGUCUGGAGCCUGCUACGCUCACAAGGGCAUGUGCCAGGCGGCCAGUUACAUCUAUAAGAAGCUGGUCAACGACGGCAUCCUGAACCAGGCUUUCUCCAUUGCACCGGAGUACAAACUGGUCAUCACUGGUCAUAGUCUGGGUGCAGGCACAGCUUCACUGCUGGCCAUCCUCUUGCGCAACUCCUUCCCCACCCUGCAGUGCUACUCAUUCUCUCCACCAGGGGGACUCCUGAGUAAAGCCUUAGCUGAUUACUCGAAGGACUUUAUAGUCUCUGUUGUGCUGGGAAAGGAUCUGGUCCCCAGACUGAGCAUUCCCAACAUGGAGGAUCUGAAGAGAAGAAUUCUUAAGAUAGUUUCAAAUUGCAAUAAGCCGAAGUACCGCAUCCUGCUGCAGGGAUGCUGGUAUGAGUUGUUCGGAGGAGACCCGGAUGACUGCCCCACUGAGAUGGACAACAGGAGGGAGGAGGAGCUCAGCCAGCCGCUGCUGGGGGAGGAGUCGCUGAUGAUCCGUCACUCAUCAUCCUAUCAGAGCCUGGCGUCAGACGACUCACCCGCCCACACAGCCGCACACUUGCCUCUCUUCCUGCCCGGCCGCAUUCUGCAUAUCACAGAAGACGGGCCAUCACGGAGAUCCUGUUUUUCCCAGGUCAGAUACCGUGCAGAGUGGUCUAAUGAAAUGGCGUUCAGGAGUAUUUUGAUCAGUCCCAGGAUGUUAGCGGAUCACAUGCCCGACAUCGUGCUGAAGGCACUCAACAGUCUGACCAGCGACAGGCCUUUCUCCCUCUGCCCAUCAUCAUUAAACAACAGCCAGAGCAACACUAUCUGAAAUGCACUAGUGAGACUGAUCCCAUAUGUCUGUGCUCCCAGACUCUACAGUAUCUUAAGCCCAGUUUUGAUUUCCUGCACGCGUGAUCCAGGACUGUUCCAAAUACUUUACCCAGCCUCCUUCUUCACAGACCUGAUCCUAAAGCCCAUUUUCAAACAUAGACAUUUGGAAACAUGAUUGUAGUCGCAGAUGAUGAAAUGAGAUUUAUCUGUCGCCAUGACUGAACCUAACCUAAAGAGAAAUACGUCAGAACACUCAGACUUCUUUGUUAAAUUGCACUUUUAAUUAUUUAAAUUGAGUUGUUUUACUUCAACUUUUUUGAGUUACUCCAUGAGCAACUUUAUGCCAUGAUCUCUGAAUGUGCGUUGUGUACAAUAUUUGACAGUGCUAAUGUCAGUGAUCUACACUUUCUGUUUGUGUGAGUGCUGUACGGCAGGUAGAGGCUGCCCCCUCUGGUCACUCAAAGUGUCCGCUCCUGUCUUCCUCAUCUGACUGAAGAGCCAUCUGAACCCAGAUGUGAGGAUAUUAAGGGUAACUUCUACCUCAAAAUGUGAACUGAAAUGUUGCGUCUUCGUUGUAUAGUGAUUGUGGUCAGUCUGUCUUGUGUUUUAAUGUCUUGAAACAUCAGGGUGAACAGUGCCUAUGCAUUAAAGAAAAACAAGUCAACAGAAUUGCUUUACAGAAAAAAAAGGCAGUGAUGAGUGCAGUGUGUUUACAGUAAGUUUUGUUCUGCGUUAUUCUAUAAUGCAGUUUGAAUAGUGCAUGGUGUCUGGCAGAUAGAUGUAAGAGGUAGAAAGAUUGUACUUUUUUUGUGGGAACCUGUUUACUUGCCAUUGAUAUUGCGUCAUUUCUUUCAGGUAAUAUAUAAUAUUAAAGUUUGAGCAGCCUGCAUAACUAUUUCACAUCCUCAAUAGAUUGCAUUGGACUCCUUGAUGCAAAUAAAAGCUUUUGUGAAGCACAA